AAAGUGAUUUUUUUGAGAAAAAUGUGCAAAAUUGAAAGUUAAAAUUAUAAGAACUUGUAGCCGAGUAAAUUAUUUAUUAUGUUGAGAUUUUUUUCUAAUUGCUAGUGCGAAAUAAUAGGAUUAAAAUGUGUGGUUCCGGGUUGUACGUCUGUCUAUACCAUCAAUUCGGAGAAGUUUCAUUUUUUUCUUGUGCCAAAAGAUCCCAAAGAAAUUAAACGGUGGCAACAGACUAUUCGCAGAGAUGACAGAAAUACAGUUUGUGAACAAUACUUUUGGGAAAGGGGCAUAAUUUGAAAGGCAGAAGUUAAAAGCCCAGACGGAAGUGUAAUGUCCACUGUUCCCAUUGAAAGAUGAGAAAAGAGUGGAGGCCUGGUGUUCUGCAAUGAAUUUGCCUAGAGAAAAAGUAUCAAAGUGUUCGAGACUAUGCAGCGUGCAUUUCACCGCAGAUUCUUAUAAAGAAUCCGUCUUAUCUGUUUGCAGUAAAAUUUUGAAAAAAGAGGCAGUACCAUCAAUUAUAAAUAUGUCUGAUGAAGAAAUUAAAAUGAUUGAAUCUGUAAACGAAGAGACAGAAUCUUCAAAUGUAAAGGAAAACGAUUGCGAAGAGGAACAGUCUAAAAUGGAAGAAGUGGCAGAUGCAGGAGAAGAAGAUGAACAGACUUUGGAAAAUGGAAGUGACAAUGAACAGCUGGACAUGACGAGAUCCUUUGUUGAUGUCGAAUACCUGGAUGAUGAAGAUUAUGAUAUAAAGUUUAAAGACAUAAAAAAUGUGAAAUGGGAAGAUGUUUCUCAUUCGCGCAGUCUCUCCAAAGCGGCUUUUGAAGAAGCUAAAGAUACUAUUCGUGACCUGGAAAAGAAGUUGCAAAUUGAGCGAGUACGAAAUUGUCGCUUGAAAAAAAUUGUGAAGUCAUUUCGGGCACUAAUGGGAGAUCUAAAGUAGAAUCACUUUGUAACGGAUGAAAUUUGAGGUUUAAUCUAGAAUUUAUUGUAAAAAAAUCUAAAUUGGAUUAAUUAAUUGUAAGUUUUAUUAAAAAAAAAAUGUUUUCUUUCUUGGGCAAAUGUUUAGUGAUUUCUUAUUUAAAAGAAUUAAAUUUAACAAUAUUUGACAAUAUUUUAAAACAAAUUUUAAUGGAUAAAUAAAGAUUAUUGCUUCAGAAAAUUUUUCGAAAAAAAAACUGCAAAUUAUUUCUUUAAUUUGAAAAAUCAAUUUUACGAGUACAUUAAAAAAGAUUUUGCAGGAUUUAUU